CAGUACCUUUAAAGUCUCCGGACUUGCCGGCGUGAACGAUAGUCUACCGCUAAACGUUUCGUGCGAAUAACCGUAAGGGACUGAGUACGGGAGACGAUCGGGAUAAAAUAUUUGAUCGCAGUUAGUACAACGUUUUUAGUUUAAUUAUUUUAUUAGUGUUCGAAUUUUUAGUUAUUUUUUUUUUUUUUGAACUUUUACCGUUUUGAAUAAAUUGCAUUAAUCAUCGACACGCUGGAAGUGCUGUUGAAACGUUGAGUAAAUGUCUAUAGUAUCACGUGUGACAUAUUUAACGAGUAAACUUAGGGCCAUUUCGCUGAACUUGACUGCUUGGUGUCAAAAUAUACCUGUGUUCCAUCGAUCAAGGGUUUAGUGCAUAAUGUCCAGUAGACAAUGAAACAUUAGUCCAACUUACGGAUCAAUACGGUAUAUCAUGGCUGACCCGGAGAGAACUAGAUUGGUGGUGCUUGGUGAUGCUGGCGUUGGGAAGAGUGCAAUCUGUAAACGGUUUUUGUACAACUCGUUUUGCUCCAAGUAUAAGACGACAGUAGAGGACCUUUACAGCAAAGAAUUCAACGUCGGCACAGCCCAACAGCUCAAAGUGGAUAUCUUGGACACGUGCGGCAAUCCGCAGUUUCCAGCCAUGCGACGGUUAAGCAUAGCCAACGCCAACGCGUUCCUGUUCGUCUAUUCGAUCGACUGCGAACGGUCUUUCGAAACAGUCAAACGAAACUUCGAGGAAGUACGCGAGCAGCGUGAAGACUACCAAAUGCUGCCAAUUGUAGUGGCCGGCAAUAAACUUGACCUGCCAGCCGACCAUAGACGCGUUACCGUGGAAGACGCUUCCGAAUGGUUAUACUGCGAGCUACCGAAAAUGAGGGUCAAGUUGAUCGAGUGUUCAGCUAAGGACAACGUGAACGUGCGCGAUCUGUUCAAGUGCUUGUUAGUGUUGUCCCGGAAGCUGAACGGAACGGAAGACCAGGCGGCAUGCCCGUUGAAACGUCGGUCCAGCGCGUACGUCAGCCACACCAAAUCGUCGAGACGCGCCGCGGACAACGCGGGAACCGCCACGACUUCCGGUCCGGCUGGCGGCGCUUCCAGUCACGGUCGCGACGAGCAUCAGCUACAGCAGCAGCAGCAGCAACAGCAACAACAGGAACGGGCGAAACCGCGCAGCCGUAGCCUGAUCAGACGGUGCAGCCGGAAGGCCAAACAACAGAUUAGGGACACGACCGCGGGUGGCGGUGGCGGUGGGGGUAACGGCGGUGGAGUGGAUGAUUGCAACGUCAGCUAAAUGACCGCAUAAUAAUAUUAUAAUAUACGAUAUACACAAUAUACCUACAUGAUAAUAAUGGGGUCUUCGGUUGACCGACAAAAACAAACUUCGCACUCGUACACAGUUCAUUAUAAUUUUAGUCGUUUUAUACCCAUUAUUAUGCCACGUGUACCUAUAUAAUCUAUAUAGUUACCAAUUGGUGUUUUACCAUAUUAUUUUACAAGAUUGUAAUAUUGUUAAUCAAUUUUUUACUAACCCCCUCCCCUCUACGAAACUUGCAUCCAACAUUUUAUUUGUUUGUUUUACCAGCGUAUAAUAGCCGCUAACUAGUUAUUUUUCGUUAUUUUUGUUCUUUCUGUUUCAUUAUACAAUCAUAGUGUCCCUUUAACAUUGAUUAACGUUUUGUUCGUUUGGGGUGUGCUCAAAUAAUAAUUACUAUUAUGUGCGUCGUUGACGUGCCUCGUGAAAUAUUUAUAUAGAACGGAGUAACUAAGUGUACUAUAUACAUACUUAAGUACUGUAUUAUGAUAAUAAAAUAAUAAUUAAGAAAACGUCUUUUCAGCGGUAUUAUGUGUAACGCGUUUACAACGAAAUAUUAAGAACAAUAAAUUUUCAAGUUUCACAACCCCCAUACAAAUUUUGUAUAUAAUAUAUUAUGUAUGCACAUUCUGUAUAUACGUAUAUAUCGUUAAUUCAUGUUUAUCAGUCCAAUGUAGCCGACACUGCAAUUGCAAUAUUGGAACGACAAAAUCACUAUUUUGUCUCUAUAUAUUAUAUUAUUAUAUUUCCUGCACCAACCGUUCUCUUAAUAAUAACGAUAUACUUGUGUAUAGCUAUAUCAUAGUUAAGUAUAAAUUAUAUUCUUGUGUUCUCUUCGACGUUAAAUAAAACGUAUUAAAAUAGUUUUGAGUAAAAUCACUAUCUUUAUAAAAUAUACUCCCAUAAAACUAUAAUAUAUUAUAUUAUAUUAUGCCGUUAUGGUAUUCAAGAAAAAAUACAAUAUGUUUUAAAUUUGAUUAAAAAAAUAAUUAACUAUUAUAAUAAUUAUUUUAUAUAUUUACAUUGUAUUAAUUUGUCUUUUUGAUUUUAAAACCCCAUCAACGUACAAAUAACAUUUUGUUUAUAGAUUAUGUACUAUUAUUUUCGGAUUUUAAUGAUCAAGAUACUGUUAUCAUUUUUGUAUCGUUUUCGUGCAUUUCAAAUUGUUUUAAAUCACUUAAUGUAUUAUCUGGAAAGUUAUUAUCAUAUUAUAGUUUAUUUAUAAGUAAUAGGUUUCAAACAACGUUAUGAUUUUUGAGAAUCAAUUUAAAUUAUUUAUCAAAAUUAUUGGUCUUGUAUGUACCUUUCAGAACACAGGUUUUGACCCGAUUAAAUGUAAAUAUAAUAAUUAACUAAUAAUUUUAACAUAAUUAAUAUUAUAAUUUUAUUUAAAUGCCCAAUGUGUUUUGUUACGAAUUAUUUAAUCUAAUAAACACGUUUUAAAUAUAUUAAUUAUUGACGGUAAUAAGAUGAUUUGUAUUACGCCGGUUAUCGUCUGUAUUUCGUGUAAAUAUUUUAUGAAUUUAAAUAUUUAAUACGCUAACCUGUAAUCUCUGAUUUCACUGGUACAAGAUUUAUGAUUUAAACAAUAAACGUGAUAAAUUGUAGUAAAUUCGUUAAUUUAUGUGCCAUUGAUUUCCAAGUGCUUCCAUAAGCGUAUUGUUCAAAUAGUCAACCUAUAAUAUAGGUAUUAUAAGUGUGGUAAAAGAAUGUCUAUAAAUAAUAAUGUAUUAGCAAUUUAAUUAAUAAUGAACCAAAAUAAUGUUAAAUAUCAAACAUAUAAAAAUACAUACUAUUAAUUGUUCAUACUUGCAUUUAAAAUAUAUUUUAACUUAAUUUGUUCACGAAGCAUUUUCAAAAAUGUAUGUGUUCUCUAAAAACACCUAAAACUACAUGACACCUACUAAUAAACUAUACGCAAUGUAUUUAUUCGUCCAAGUUAUUAAUUACUAUUAUUAUUCUCAUUCUAUAUUCGAUGUUACUAUACAUUUUAAUAACUUAACCAUUUUACUAAACAUACAAUAUAUAUGUAUAAUUAUAUACAUAUAUUAAAAUUUUCAAAUAUAAUAAAGUACAAUGUACAUACAUAUAAUGUAGUAUAGUACCUAUAGCAUUAACAAUGUAUAAAAAAAAAAAAAUAGUUAAAUUUAUCUAAACAAGAACGUCCGUGAAAAGAAAUCUCAAAUAAAAGGUCAUAUUUACUUAAUUGUACUAUUAAUAUUCAUUAUCAUGAAUUAUUGACAUUUAAUAUCACCAUUAUUGCCUAUAUACAUAUUAUUAAUUUGUUAAUCAAUCAUGUCGUUUGAUAUUUUAUCGAAUAAUAUGAACAGUACAGCUAUUAUAUUGUAAAUUACCUAAUAAUAUGUGUAAUAUGUGAAUGUCUCAUCAUUACGUAUUUUGACGUAUUUUCUAUAUUAUCAAUUAAUAUCUAUACUUACGUGUUAGGUAUUGAAAAAAAAUACGAGAAUAAAACUGUUGGUAAAUGUCCGUUUAAAAUGCCAACGGGGUAACGGGUUAUGAUAGGCUCUUAAAUACUGCCUGCGAGCACCUCUGAGUGUAAUAAAAAUCAAAAAUGUGAAAAAUAUUAUGUAAUAUUUCUCAUUUUUCAAAAAUAAAGUAGGUAUGUGAUAAUAUAUUGUCGUAGUUAUAUCCCCGUAUGUGGCAUUCGUGUGAGUGAAAAUUCAUUUAGUCCAAUCGGGAAUAAGCAGGGAUAAUAAUAAUUAAUUACGUUUUUUUUUCUACAAUGCUAUAAAAAAAUGUACAUUCAUUUAAAUUAAAAAUAUUAUCACACUAUAAUGACACACAUUUUAAACCAUAAUAGCUUAUGGAAACCAUUGAUGAGAUUAUUUUAUUAGUAAAUAUAAUUGUUAAAACCUGACAUGAUUUUCACAUUUUGAAUAAUCAAUUCAGUUAAUUGGUUUUACAUAUUGUAUUUUCCCUUCAUAGAAAAAGUUUGAUUUUAUUAUGGUCUUGUGCAAUUCAUUUUAAUUGGGCAAAACUAAUUAAUUGUCUACAACGAUUUUUCCAUUAAUUCGAAUUUAAUAAUAAAAAUAAAAAAAUACAGCGAACAACAGUGCUUUCACGUCACUUUAAUUUGUGUAAUUUUAAUCAGGCUAUGUUGAAAUUAAUAAAUACAAGUUAUUUUUUUUUUUUUUUACUAGUCUUCAAAAUUUUUCACGAAAAUUAUAUUAUUGGCUUACUAUUGAUAAAAAUAAAACACUAAACCUACAUAUAAUUUUUUUUUUUAUAUAUAUUAACAUUUAAUUAAUUGUUUUUAUUUUAGCUUAAUUUUCAACAAAAUUAAUAAUACGUAUUAUCAAAAGAAAAAAAAAUUAUUUAUUUUAUUAACUCAUUAUAGAAUAAAUAAAAUAAAUAACUGAUUCCGUUAAUGAUUACAUUUAAGGGACCAGUAGAAAUUGGUAGUCUAAUCCUAAUAUAUUGUAUUAAAAUUUAUCAUAUAUUUAUACCAAAUAAUUUAAAGUUAGUUAAAUGCAUAAACAUUUAUAAUAUAUACAGUAAGGGAAUAACAAUGUUUAAGUUAUAAAAUACAUAUACAUAUUACUUACAACACAAUAUAUUAUAUAUAAUACAUAUUAAGUUUCAAAAAAAAAAAAACAUAAUAAUUUAAAAUUAACGGAUAAAACUUUAUCCAUACUAAUAACAUUAUAAUUAUAUUAGUAAGAAAUUGUAAUUAAUAAAAAUGAGAAAUAAAUAUUAUUUAUAAAAUUAUAAUUGAUUAAAAACUCCUACUAAAAAAUAAUUAUUAUCUAAUGGAUAAUCUUUAGUGUAUCGUCAUCAGGUGUAAAGUUUUUUAAAAUUAUAAAUUUUUCUCUCGAAAUGUAUGGGUGUAUUUGUCUUCAAAACACUAGUAAAUUUGGAGAAAUAUGCACUCUAAAUGUUGUGUUCAUAAAUAAAACACCAACUCAGUUAAUGUUUAAGAUAACCAUAAUGUACCUUCUAAAUUUAUUUCAAAGUUUCUGAUUAUAUUAUAGCAUACCGUAUAUAAAGUUUCAUAUUCAUUAAACAUUUAAACAGUUUAAUUUAAAACAGAACUUAAACGAAUAAUUUCUGUAAUUGAAUAAUUUAGAAAAAAACCUAUUUCUUAUUUUCUAUAAUAUUAUUCGUUAUACAUUUAUACAUUACAAUAUAAAAGGUUAUCCAUUUAAAUGUUCACACCCACUAUUUCAAAAAGUUUGAACUUAAUUAAAAAUAUUUUUUUUAUAUAAUUUGAUGACUCCAGAACAACAUAUUAUUAAGAAAAAUUUAAAAAAUAUUUAAAUUUUAUAUCGUUCUCGUUUUUCUAUGUUUUACUUUUCUAAAAUGACAAUAUACUUACAUUUUAAUUUCAUAUUACGCAGCAGAAUAUUUUCAUGCAUGCAAAUCGAACAUUUUAACAAGUAGUUAAUUACUUAUAAGUAUUUAAAAAAUUGAUGAGUAAAGUAGAGUGGUACAGGGUAUCCCGCCAAUGGUUCUCUACUACGCUUACCACAUAAAAUACUUAUAAAUUAUAACUAAUUAAAUUCUGGUUACAAAUUAAAUUUGUGUAUAUCGGAGAACUCCAAAAUAAAUUCUACUUCAGAAUAUGAAAUUAACAAUAUAUGUGGUCGUUCAAAAAAUAAAAAAAUUAGAAAAAUUAAAACGAAAAAACACUGCAAAAUAUAUAAAUAAAAUUUUAAAUAUUGUUUUACAGCUAAUUAUCUACAAAUAAUAGUUUAGUUUAAAAAUAUAAAACUUUUAGCAAUUAUGAGUAUAGGUUCACCUUGCAUAAUUAUAAUUCCAAAAAACUUCAGUAUACGUGUGACUUAAUUUCAGUAAAUAAAAUAUUAUAAAAGAAUAUUUUUAAAUCACAAUAAAGUAAAGUUAAAUCUUUUGCGCUUCAAAUAUUACUGCAUCCAUUGUUGUAAUCAGGUGGAAUUAUUCUUAUUUUGUAUGAAUUUUAAUUUUUUCUUACAAUUUAUUAUAUCAAUUGAUAAACGAAUAUAGGACAUAUCUAAUGUCUAUGUGAUAUUCCACAAUAAUCUGGACAAAAAAAAAAUUGACUGAUGGCGAUCAUGUUUUUAUUUUAAUUUUUUAGUAAAAACUAUAAUAAUUUUUAUUAUUCAUUUUUUGUUUAGGAGAAGGGGGGCAACAAAUUCAUAACCAAUAUAUUUUAAGUAAUUAAAUAUAAUAUUUACAUUUUCAAAUUGAAUUCCAGUAUUUAUCCGUAUAAGAAAUAAUCAAUUAAAUGUAUAUAUAUAUAAAUUAUGUGUGAAGUAUAUAUUUUCUCGUUUAAUUAAAUAACUAGGAACAAUAAGGUACAAUAAGAUAUGUGUAGCACCUCUCGAAAUAGGUAAAUUUAUUUCUGCAGAUGGAAAUAUGGAAUAACUGUAGUACACGCCGUUCAUAAUAAAACUAAAACGGAAAGACUACUAAUCUAAAACUUAACAAUAAUGAUUAUCUAGCAUUCAUAAUAUUAUGUAUGUUAUCAUAUCACAAAAGAACAAUUAUAUAUAUGUGUAUAAUUAUAAUUUUAAAUAACUUAAUUAUUGUAUGAAUAAUUAUAUUAUAAAGUUUUAUAGUGUGUAUUGAUUUUUAUUAUAAUAAUAAACAUAGUAUUGUUUCAAAAU